AGUCACCUGGUGGUGAAGGCCAGUAAAACAGCGAAGCAGGAGGAAAAUUUUUCUCUCCCUCUCUCUUUCUCUCCCUCUUUUUCUCUCCGUUGGAUCCACCUCCUAUUCUCUCAACUCUUUUAGCAUAACCUUCAAAGGAGAACGUUCCCUUCUGACUUGAUUAUCUUCUUUUCCCCACUGAGAAAAUACCUCUCAGCUACAAGACAUUUUUUAAGUCUAUGCAGGACUUCGGGGAUUCUGUUAUCUUGCCGGGGAAAUUGAUCAUUGCUAAUGCCUGGGACUGGAGCUAAAUUACCUACCAGAGUAAGCCUGACGGAGGAAGGCUUUUAUCAUACACUCUUCUCUUCAGUUUGAACACAUUUGCUUGAAAUUUGCCGCAUGAUGCUGACCAGGGAAGCAGCUUUUUUUCUCGGGAUGCAGCAAUUCGCUGGUUUCUAAGCUUAUUGCAGAAGAAGAAAUAAUCUUAAAUAGAGUGGAUUUUUUUUUUUCCUUUUUUCUUUUGGCCCCUGUUUCAAUCGACUCAGCUGUGUUGCACCGCGGUAGAGAUCACCUGUCACUAAAUCUUUGAGGAAGUAAAACAAAGUGAAUUAUCAUUAUUAUUUAUUUAUUUUCCUUAUUUUUAACCCGGUGGAGGCGGCGUGACCACGGAGAAUGAGACUGAGAGGAGCUGCCGGGGCUUGGCGGAGGAUAAAGCUGAGUUUAAGCUGGAAACUAAAAGACUAGAUUGUUUUUGGGUGCCACUCGCCCGGUUCCUCUCCACUUCGUUUAGUUGCGCUCCAUGGACAGAUCAACAAACCUGGACAUUGAGGAGCUCAAGAUGACACGAGAACAAUACAUACUAGCAACCCAACAGAAUAACCUGCCAAGGACUGAGAAUGCACAACUUUACCCAGUGGGAAUUUAUGGAUGGCGAAAGAGGUGCUUAUACUUCUUUGUCCUUCUGCUGUUGGUUACCAUGAUAGUUAACUUAGCCAUGACAAUAUGGAUAUUGAAAGUUAUGAAUUUCACUGUGGAUGGUAUGGGAAAUCUGAGAGUCACCAAGAAGGGAAUCCGACUUGAAGGUAUAUCUGAGUUUCUACUUCCAUUGUAUGUGAAAGAAAUUCAUUCUCGAAAGGAUAGUCCGCUGGUCUUACAGUCUGACAGGAAUGUCACAGUGAAUGCAAGAAAUCACAUGGGGCAGUUAACCGGACAGCUGACCAUAGGAGCUGAUGCUGUGGAAGCUCAGUGUAAAAGAUUUGAAGUGAGAGCCAGUGAAGAUGGCAGGGUGCUGUUUUCUGCAGAUGAAGAUGAGAUUACCAUUGGGGCUGAAAAGCUGAAAGUUACAGGCACUGAAGGAGCCGUAUUUGGGCACUCUGUGGAGACGCCGCACAUCAGAGCAGAGCCAUCCCAAGAUCUCAGGCUUGAAUCACCCACCAGAUCCUUGAUCAUGGAAGCUCCCCGUGGGGUCCAGGUGAGUGCUGCUGCAGGAGACUUCAAGGCCACCUGCAGGAAGGAGCUCCAUCUGCAAUCUACAGAAGGGGAGAUAUUUUUAAAUGCAGAGACAAUCAAGCUGGGAAAUCUACCAACUGGCUCCUUCUCAUCUUCUUCACCCAGCUCCUCAAGUUCUCGACAGACAGUGUAUGAACUCUGCGUCUGCCCCAAUGGCAAACUUUACCUUUCUCCAGCAGGAGUAGGUUCCACUUGUCAGUCCAGUAGCAACAUCUGCCUGUGGAGCUGAAGUGACUGAUUUCUCCUCACACCAGAAUAGCCUUUUGUUCCUGUCCGUCUGCUUCACAGUUCUGCUCGGUUUCCCUUGUGAUCAGUCCAGAGCUUCUUCGAAUGGUCCACAGAGCAACUUCCAGUGUGAGCAGGGAUUCGCCACCACCUUCUCUUGUGAUUUACUGUACUGCUCAACACAGAGGGUGUGAUUGACACAGCAGUGGAAAAAGCGUCGUCAGCAGGAAAACUGGAUCAUGACUUUUGCUCGAAAGGGAGAAUAACAUAGGUGCCUUUGCUACGCGAAGUGAAGCACACAGUUUUAGAUUUUUGCAGGACCUGGAUAUGAACUGCACAUAUAUACAUUACAUAAAUGAAAUUCCCAGUAUCCAAUGGCAAGAUGAAAUGGUUAACCCUGUAAGAAAACUUAUUCUACAUUCUGAAAGCACAAUUUUCCAUUCAUCUUUUUGGAUGUAAACUUUUAUCCCCGACUUUUAAAAUUUUAAAGCAUUACAUAAUGCUUGCUUUACUAAAAUUUAAAUUCAAUACAUGGUUUUUAACAAAACAGAACAAAACAAAACAAUACAGAAUCUCUCCCUGAGUUUUCCUUCUGUUUCUUUAAUUUCAAUGUGCUGUUACUCUUUGUCUACUAAGUCUAGAAUUUUGUACAUUAGGUAAUUUUGAAAGCACUCAGCAAUAUAUCCUUUACAGAAUUAACAAAAUGCCAUUAUAAUGUCAUUUGUCAGAUCUGGAUGGCCUUAUAUAGUAUUUACAUGGCUACUGCAUGUGACGUAUUUGCUUUUAACAAAACAUCUACUUUAUUGCAAUAUAAGACAGGAUUAAGAAGGAUAUGUUGAUGGUAUUAAAUCCAUAGAUGAUUUUUUAAAAAUUCACAUGCUAUCCUUUACACCUAGGUUUUAAUAGUAUAAUUUUCGUUUGCUCCACUCACUCUGCACUUGAUUCUGACUGCUAAAAUUCAAACAUCCUCUAAAUAAAUAAUACCAAUAUGAUGCAUAAUGCUGAGAAUAAAUUCUCUUUCCAUUGGGGUAUCAUCUUCAGAAUUAUUCUCCAUCUAUUUUUUAUUGGAGGUUAAGAUUUAAAGAAGUCAGAAGCUAACUAAAAUGUCUUGACUAAACAGUAAAAAUGACAAAUGCUAAUAAAUAUUGAAAAUGUGUUUACUUCACUAGAUUCAUAUUUUAGGGAAUUUAGUCCCAUUUCUAUUCAGCUGUUAACAUAUAUUUACUUUUAUUAGAUCGUUAGGCUACCCUGACCUCAAAAAUUAUAGUUCUUUUCAUUUUCCAGUGCUUAUUUUUGUAUAUGACCUCUUAGUAAACAACUCCAGAAUACUGAAUAUUCAUUUAUCACAGCACCCCUUAACUCAAAUUCUUGAAACUUACAGAGUCAAAGAAUGUAAAACUGUAUUAAGUAUUUCCUAUUAUGGGAAGAUGACUUAAUUACUAUAAGGUAAGUCCUGAAUUUUCACAUGUCAAUCAAACGUUUUUCUCCCUCAUGCACAUUAUCAACAUUUGUGUUGAAACUUCCUUUUGGGGAUUAAUGGCUGUAGAGUCUUUGGAGUUCAGGUGUCUACAGCUCAGAGUGAACUGGGAGAUUAGAACUUGUUGCAAAAGAUGUGGUUAGUGAAAGUAGAAAUAUUGGCAAUGCAAAGAGAAAAGUGAAACAUUUGACCAGAAUUAUCUUGUUUGCAUAACCUAGCAUAUCAAAUAACUGAAAAAGCUCAUUUCCACUGUACUCAGCAGAAGGGUUCAAAGGCUAAUUUAUUAUUGUUAAAAUAAAAUGUGAUUAUAUUUGGGUGUUAUUAUAUAACUUUUUAAAUCAAUAUUGAAAUAAGAAUUUAUGAUAUACGAUUGCUUACAAAGUUAUAACACAAGAGUUUAUAUUAAAAUAAGAGAAUUUAAUAUAAGAAAUCUCACAUUGGUCUUUGCAAAAUAAAGUAUAAUACAAGAAAUAUCGAGAAAUUAUGUGUGCUAAUCACUAUAUUAUGGACUUUUAAGGAAAACAUUAUGUAGUAAUUUAAUUUAAGACAUAUUCAAGUUCUAAUCAUCCUUCCAUUAAAACAAUUAGAAACUUUCUAAGUCAAAUGGGAAUAAUUCUUUUGAUUAGGAGCUGGCCCUGUUUCUAAUCUCAGCUGUCUUCUACUAAUCAAUUGAGCUGUUUUAGGCAGUUUGAGAAUCUCUCCAGGCUUCAGUUUACUCAACUUCACAGCAAAAGUAUUGAAUAAAAUAGUCUCUUGGGGUUCCUUUCUGUUCCAACAUGUUCUAAUUUCAAGUUCUCAUUCAAGUUCUAAUUUCAAAAUUACAGAAGCCAAAAGAGAAAAAUGAAAUUUUAAAUUAUAUGUCAUAAGAGGAG